AUGGCUGAUUUCUCAUUGGAGGAUUUGCAAAAGUACAAGGUUCCGUUAAAGUGGAGAGAUAGAUGUGCUGCCUACUAUGCUUUGUAUUUGAGUUGUCAAAAGAGAGGUGACACUGACUGUCAUCACGACAAGGUUGUGUGGGAAGAAUGUCAAUAUUUGGAUUUGGAAAGAAGACGCAAGGAAUUGGAAGAAAUGAAGGCUAAAAGAAGAGAAGAAUUGGCCAAUAAGGACGCCUAA